AUGAUCAAAGCAACUGACUGGCUCGCAGACGCUGUGGUUGGCCUUGAGGACCUUAUUGCUCCCAGCUCUGAGGCUGAUCGAAGAUCCCGGGGCUACCGAGCAAGCGCCUACAUUAUUCGCUGGAGCGAAAAAGUGGCCCAGGAAACUCACAUCUACCAAGUCAAAGCCAAGUUUGAAUCAUUACUGCGCAAGCGCAAGCGAGCUGAAUUUACAGAAAAACAUAGACAGGCUUUUUUUGUGCUUGAGAAGCGAUACCCCAAGCGCACAAGGAGCGAGAAAAGCCAGGCACCACUAUUUGUCCCUUGGUCCAAAGGGCCAUCCACUAUUAUUGCCACAUUUCCGAGUGCCAAAGAACUCAGGACAGCGAGUCUUGCUUCCACUAUUACCAACAUCUCUUCCACUUUUUAUCCUGGUUCACCAGAGUCAUCCCCUUCCUGCUGUACGGUCUCUGAUACAGUGUCUGACGUGCCCAUCGACUGGUAUUACUGGCCCGACUACAUGUGGGAUCCAAUCUGCAGAACUCCGAGCUGCGAAGUGUGGACUACUUUAUCUCCUAAGACCGAUCGUUACUAA